AUGUUGAUUGACGGCGAGAAAUGGGCUUGCGAAGCCUGCGUUAGAGGACACCGGGUUAGCAAUUGCCAACAUGCAGAUCGACCGCUCCAGCAUAUCAACAAAAAGGGCCGACCCGUGUCGCAAUGCCAGCAUUGCCGCGCGAUGCGCAAGUCGCGGUCAUCUCAUGUCAAAUGCGACUGCGGCGAGAAGACGCAUAAAUGCGCCCAUUUAAAGCAGACAGUUGAAGGACACAAGGACAGCUGUUGUUGUAACCAUGGAGGACGAUGCACCUGUUCGCACAAGAAAGAGCCCGCUCUCGACACCGUCCCAGAGUCCGAUUCAGAAGCGGAAGCAGAUGUUCAGCCGGCAAAGCCCAGGGCUACCCCCCGGCGACGGCGCACGAAUACGGCGCACUCGGAACCUAUCCUGAGUUUUGACGAGAAUGGUCACCAUAAACCUCCGGCGAGGCAUACGAAGGCCUCGCAGAAGAGUGGUCCGUAUACCAUAAAUCGCGGCUCGUCGAUGCACAGGACCGGCAGCUCGAGCAGUCUUGGUACUAAAUCCGCCGAUCGAUCCCGAACCGCCGGCUCUUCGUCACCUGAUCGAGGGGCGCGGAUGGCGAAGUCCGCUCAAGCGUCGCCUUCGAUGGAUGGAAAUUCGUCGUUCCAGCAUCUCAAUGGGCAAUUGCCGCCGUUGGACCUUUCCAACAUCCGUUACUCCGAGUACUCUUCCUCGUUCGACCUUUUCUCGGGUGUUUCCGAUUACGAACCACCCAUGUUCAGCGCCGGUCUUAGCGCGGCGUCGGUCGAUUGGGCGCAAUAUGACGGCUUAGAGCUGAAAGGUGAAAGCUUCACACCCUCGAGUUUCGACCAAACGCAAUCGUACAUGGGGCUCGAUUUCGGUGGCUCUACGGAGCCGACUCUAACCUCGAAUUCGGGCGAUGUCUCCGAGACGGAAGAUUUGGCCUCGGCGUUCAGCGAGCCGCAGUUCGACGGCUACGGCAACAGCGGGACGAGUAGCUAUCUGGCUAUGUCACAGAACAUACUUACCGAUAACGACCUCAGUAAUCUUGACUUUACCCAGUUCAAGAACACGACUGCCGCAAGUAAGCUGCUCUCCAACCAGUCCUCGUUUGACGACGGCAGCUCCGUCUUCCCUCUGAUGGAAGACGAGUCUAUCUGGGGUAUGAACAAUUUCACCGACGGUAUCACACACUCGCCGGAUCCUGUAGCCUCCGGCUUGUGGGAUACUGCUUAGACCAGUUCGCCACCACAUCGGCACGUAUGUGUGACUACGAAGGGGGCAUAUGCCCGGUGAUAAUAUACAUACCGGCAGGCUCCGAUAAAUGCGGAACUAUCAGCGUUUUGAUUUCUCGCGCUGCAUUUUCUUCAAUCAUGAUACCA